AGGAGGAGGAGGAGGAGGAGGAGGAGGCGGGAAGGAAGAUGGCGGCGGUGGAGCUCGAGUGGAUCCCGGAGACUCUCUACAACACCGCCAUCUCCGCCGUCGUGGACAACUACAUCCGCUCCCGCCGAGACAUCCGUUCCUUGCCGGAGAAUAUCCAGUUCGAUGUUUACUACAAGCUUUAUCAACAGGGACGCUUAUGUCAACUGGGAAGUGAAUUCUGUGAAUUGGAAGUUUUUGCUAAAGUUUUGAGAGCUUUGGAUAAAAGACAUUUGCUUCAUCAUUGUUUUCAGGCUUUGAUGGAUCAUGGUGUUAAAGUUGCUUCAGUCUUGGCCUAUUCAUUCAGCAGACGGUGCUCUUACAUAGCAGAAUCAGAUGCUGCAGUAAAGGAGAAAGCCAUUCAGGUUGGCUUUGUUUUAGGUGGCUUUCUUUCAGAUGCAGGCUGGUACAGUGAUGCUGAAAAGGUUUUUCUGUCUUGCCUUCAGUUGUGUACUCUACAUGAUGAGAUGCUUCACUGGUUUCGUGCAGUGGAGUGUUGUGUACGGUUGCUUCAUGUACGAAAUGGAAAUUGCAAAUACCAUUUAGGUGAAGAAACGUUUAAAUUAGCUCAGACAUAUAUGGAUAAACUGUCAGAACAUGGCCAGCAAGCAAACAAAGCCGCUCUCUAUGGAGAACUGUGUGCGCUGCUUUUUGCCAAAAGUCACUAUGAUGAGGCAUACAAAUGGUGCAUCGAGGCAAUGAAAGAAAUUACGGCAGGCUUACCAGUCAAAGUUGUGGUGGAUGUUUUAAGACAAGCUUCUAAGGCUUGUGUAGUAAAACGUGAAUUUAAGAAGGCAGAACAGUUAAUUAAACAUGCAGUGUAUUUGGCACGGGAUCAUUUUGGAUCCAAACACCCAAAAUAUUCAGACACACUGCUAGAUUAUGGAUUCUACUUACUCAAUGUAGAUAAUAUUUGUCAGUCUGUUGCAAUUUAUCAGGCAGCCCUUGAUAUUCGACAGUCAGUGUUUGGUGGCAAAAAUAUCCAUGUAGCAACUGCUCAUGAAGACUUGGCGUAUUCUUCCUAUGUUCACCAGUACAGUUCUGGGAAGUUCGACAAUGCAUUAUUUCAUGCAGAAAGAGCUAUUGGUAUCAUUACGCACAUCCUACCUGAAGAUCAUCUUCUUUUGGCUUCUUCGAAGAGGGUGAAAGCACUUAUUUUGGAGGAGAUUGCAAUUGACUGUCAUAAUAAGGAAACAGAACAGAGGCUGCUUCAGGAAGCGCAUGAUUUACACUUGUCUUCACUCCAGCUAGCUAAAAAGGCUUUUGGAGAAUUUAAUGUACAGACUGCGAAACACUAUGGUAACCUUGGAAGACUUUAUCAGUCAAUGAGAAAAUUUAAGGAAGCUGAAGAAAUGCACAUCAAAGCCAUUCAGAUUAAAGAACAACUUCUUGGUCAAGAAGAUUAUGAAGUAGCCCUUUCUGUGGGACAUUUGGCAUCUUUAUAUAAUUAUGACAUGAAUCAAUAUGAAAAUGCUGAGAAACUUUAUUUGCGAUCAAUAGCAAUUGGGAAGAAACUAUUUGGUGAAGGCUACAGUGGACUAGAAUAUGAUUAUCGAGGUCUCAUUAAACUUUACAACUCCAUUGGGAAUUAUGAGAAAGUGUUUGAAUAUCACAAUGUUCUAUCUAACUGGAACCGGUUGCGAGAUCGACAGUAUUCCGUGACCGAUGCCCUUGAAGAUGUCAACACCAGCCCCCAGUCCACUGAAGAAGUGGUGCAGUCCUUCCUGAUGUCUCAGAAUGUUGAGGGACCAAGCUGCUGAGGGACAACCUCAGUUAACCAAUUACCUUUCCCAGAUUCCAGGGAAUUCAUUCAUACUGUGAAAUCAAAACCAUGUUUGGGGCUGGAAUUUGCAUUGAAACACUGGUCCAGUCCAUUGAAGACCCUAUUUUGGGUAAUCCCUAUCUUGCAGAGUUUCUGUAGAAUAAGCGUAUAUUCAGUUAUAUUCAGCAUGUACCGCAUGUAUAAGUAGUCUGGCCCACAUUUUCAACCUAGUAGAAAAACAGGAAAUCUUUCUUUUUGAUUUUUUUUCUUUUUAAAAAAGAAGUUCAUUUUUUUUUUCAAAAAGCCUGAAAGGAAAAAAAAAAAAAAAAGAAUCCCUAAAUAAAACUAUUUAAGAGUUUAAGAGUUGCAUUCUUAUUAUGUAAGGAUGGUUUUAACAACUUUUUAACAUGUAAUUCUUCCAUGUGGAGGUAUUCAAUACUGUAUUGUAAAGAAAUUUUAUGGAGAAAAGUCUUUAUAUGCAGUAUGGAAAAACAAAUACAAGUGCUAAUGAAAGAGGGACAUCCUGGCUUAGGGUUGGCCACCUUACCUACAGAAGUGGAUGCAACCACUCCAGAGCUAAAUUGUCAGGGAAGACUGUCAGCAUCUGAACUGGACCAGUGUGGACCUGUAAGUAACAUCUGAUGGGCCAGCAGUUUCAGCUCUCUUUGUUUCUGGUACAACAAUGCAAGAUACUCUAAUAGUGUUUGCUAGUAGGACCAGGAGGGUGUAGAAAGGACCAGCCAAAUGGAGAAGGUGGUUAUUUGGACCAUUAUUGUAGUCUCUGCACUUGCCUUUACCAGUAGAAUGAUUUCAUUUAGCUAUAUCAUGAAAAGUUAUAUUCCUGUAAUAGAUACCAAGCUGGGGAAAUCUGGCAACUUCUGUGGCAAAUCUUUAGUCAAGGUACAUAGAUGGCAAUGCCAUAUGCAAGUCUGUAACGAUCUGCUGCAGCUGCCACCCUCAUUUUAAUUCAUUUUAAUUGUUACCUAAUAAUCAGCACAGUUAACAAGUAUACUGGCUAAGUAAGAGUCAUGGCACAGCUCGUCUCCAGGUGGAGUUUUUUGGUACUAUUUGGUUUGUGGGGACUAAGGAAAAUGAAUGCACAAAAAUCAGUCCUUUUAGAAAAUCCUUCCUUUUUAUAUUAAUAAAUAAUAGUACAACUAGUCAUUUUAUUCGGAACCCAGAAGUCAGGUGGAAAGAUCCUCUAAUGAUAUGUUUAUUUCACCAAUUUGUUACUGGGUUUUAAUUUUCUCCUAAUUCUUUUUCUUAAGCCAGUCAAGGUAUUUAAUUUUGGGGUGAGAUACAUAUUUGAGAAGUUGUGACAUGUAGCAAACCAAGAAACAAAAGGUCUUUUGCUGUUACCUCAAUUCUUAGUACAGUGGCCCAUCUGGUGCCUCUCUAGUUAAGAAUCUGAGUUUCCCCCAUUUUCGGGGGUCUGUGACUUGGCUGUUGGAGAUACUGCUCCUGCGAAUGCUUGGAGUGCUAUGUGGGCGAGUGGGUGUGUGUUGGAUUUUAGUGUUCUUUUAACAUGCAUGUUGAAUGGGGGAAAACAUGUCCACCGUAUAGCAUACAGAAAAGUUAGACAUUUCAGGAUUUAUCUCCAGCACUUUUUUUGAAGUGCCCAACUUUACCUUUGCUUGAAACUGCUAUUUGCAGUCCUGUCAUUUAUAAGCCAGUGCACUUCGGUCCUUGGAGGGACUUGCUGGGGUGUACCCAGAGAUGAGGCAUGCUCACACACUGAGUUGCCUUUGGUUUGCAGCCUGGAUUUAUUCCUCUAGUUGAAUUACUCUCUUUAAAUUCUGGAAAAAGCAAAUUGGCACACCUGCAGUUACUGAAGCUGGUCCCUCUCCCAAUUAUUGCAGUCUACUGCCAAGAGGCACCUUGUUAGCAAGUAGUCUUGUGUGACCAAGGACUGACAUUGUUGUUACUCAGCUCUAUUCUUAUGGGCCUGUGUAUUUCAUACCUCCAAAGACAUUUUCAGGAUAGGCUUUGUGUACUUCUGUUGGCUCCUGAGAGCCCUGUGGUGUGUUUGUGGUGUAGGAAUGUCAUGGUAAAUUGUUUUUCAAUAAAUAUUUUGAAACAUGUU